ACCCCUUCUCUGGCAUGCUCGCUGCGUUCACGAACUUGUCGACUCGUCGUGUUACGUUAACUGUAACUCAGCAAGUACUCCUCACCUACGCCAGUGUCAUCAGAGGCGGUUUAAAAAAGACUAUGGCCACCAUGGACCAGGAAUUUCCACGCUCUGCUCUUAGCAUCAACAACAGAAAUGAACUCAGAAAUGUUCUCCAUAUACAGUCUCUGUACAAAGAAAACAAGGCCAAGGAGAACCCACUGAAAACAACUCUAGAAAUGAUGACAAACUAUUUCCUUGAACAUUUUGGAAGCGUGAGUAGCAUCAUUUCAAAUUCUGUGGCAUCACUUCCUCCGAAUAAACCCUCCUUCGUCAGUACAGCAGACUACUCCGAAGACGACAUGCGUGGGAAUACAAUACGAUCUGAUGCAUUUAAAACUGAAGCCUACAGAUGUGAGAUUGAUGACCUGCUUGAUAAAGUCAUUCCAUCCCGGAGACAUCAUCAGAAAAGUGAGAAAUCCAACACUGGGAUAAGUCCAAAUAGUAGCUCAUUCUCUGAAGGGGAUAAAAAGUUUAAAAACAGCAUGGAGGAUUUAAAAAUAAUAAGAAAUUCUGAGGAGAUGAAGACCACAAUGAAAGAGAAGCAAAGGUCUAGGUCUAGUCUUAUUCUCAGAGGAAUGAUGGCUGGACCAACAGCGAGUUCACAAGAGGAUUCGCUAAAAAGGAGACCUCUGAAGCAACGAUCUUCUAGCAUAAGUAGCACACUACAGUUCAAAGGGGAAUACAGUCAUUCUUCGAAUCUGCCAAAUGGCGAUUUUCAGGAGAGCAAAGUGACUUCUGUACAGUCCAUAGGUGACCUCUGUCCGCACAACGACAGUGCCAUGAAAGCAGACAUGGAGCUUUCAUCCAAGACUUCGUCAGGCUCGUACAGGUGUUCAGCCACGGAGGAAAUCAGAAAUAUCCCUGAAGACACAGACGACCCGUUUGCCAAGCUGCUGUCAGAAAGAGAGAGAAGCCGAGUUGGAGAGAGGAAAUCGAUGCCGAGCUUUGAUACAGAGCCGGGUGAAAAAACCCUCAAAUUAAAUAUGUUUCACAGGUAUUCUGGAUCUGGAAGGGAGAAAAGAGAAAGGUCCCUCAAAAAGAAUGAGAGUCAGUUACCAGGCCCCAGAAAGGCUCCAACAUCCAUUUCCAAUAAAGGCGACCUGAUGAAAGAUGCCUUAGAACUAGUUGAUGUCGAGGAUGAAGCAGCAGUUGGGGAAGUUAGGAAGAUCCCAGACCAUUCGACACUCUGUACGCUUCAAGUAGAUUCAAAGGCAAUGGAUAUUUCCCUUGCAAAAGAAAUAAAAAAUCUUUUGUUUGGCUCAAGCCUUUGUUGCUUCAGUGAAGAAUGGAAAAUACAGAGUUUUACAUUUAAUAAUAUACCUCAGUUGAAAUACGGCAUUGUGCAAAAAAAGCUGGAAAGCGAGCUGCCAGCAGCUCACACAACCCCUGAUCUAUGGGGAACCUCUGUGCUUCUUUCCGUGGCAGCGGCAGCACCUGGCACACCGCCCCAGCAGUCCCAGAGGGUGCUGCCACCGCGGAUAGGAGCACCAGGGCCCCCUGCAGCUCAAGGCCUGCGGGCAGCUUACCGGCCAGCCACGGGAGAGGGCGGCCCGUGUGGAGUACUGGCUGCCGUUCAAGCCUGUGUCCUACAAGAGCUUAUCUUUGGAGACAGCGGCAGGAAUAGCGAAGCUCGUGUCACUGAAUCUCAGUUUCUCAUCAGUAAUAGUGAAGGUGAUAACAAUUCCCUGACUCAAAAGGGUGCUGUGAGGAUUAAAUAUUCGGAGGUACUCAAAUUUGAAG